AUGGCCGUCCACAACACCAUUGACCAAGAGUUCCCCUGCUCAUUAACAAUCAACGUCCCCUUCCCGACCCCGCGCCUAGCCACCGUUGCGCACAAAGCCCUCGCCGUCGACCAAGAACUGUCUCCCCUCGUCCGUCGCACCUUCUCCAUCGAUUCCGACUCACCGACUGACGCCGGCGCCGACGCUGCUUCCGUCCUGCGCGUACACUACAAGGCCACCACAAACCGCAUGCUUCGCGUGGCCGUCAACGGCCUCAUGGAGAGCCUGAACCUCGUUGUCGAGGUCAUGGAGGAGCUGGAUGUUGAUGUUUUGGAACACAACCGGGACUCUUCGCAAUAA